ACUAAUUUACGAGAUAAUGCUAUAUGUAGGUAAUAAUACGUAGCAAACGUCCUGCAUAUGUACACAUAUACGCAUAUUUUACAUAUCCAGUAAUAAUACAGUGAUAAUUCUAAUCGAUAACAAAAAUCACGUUCUACGCAAGAAAAUCUGUUUUGAUCGAACAUUUUUAUUCUUUUUGUAUACAUUGUAAUUGAAAGACGUAUCUGACGUAUUACGUAUUAAAAUCGAUAGAACAGAACUCGAUAAGCACAUCGAUAGAUGAUACUGUUGUGUUUUGGGUAAGGCACAAGGCACAGUUCGAUACGUACUGUUUACAGUAUAACUGUAGUUCGCAGUUCGCUCCAUGUAAUUCAUGUAGAGUAUCGUAGAGUAUGCAGAUGCAUGGAGAGUGCAUCUUCGAAGUAACGCAAAAUCGCAUCGCGAUAUUACAGAAAUGAAAUGUUAAAUUGGACAAGAAAAUGUCUAUAAUUUAUUUGUGGAAAAAAUAAAAGUCACGUAUCAAAAAAACUCCAUCUGCCGUAAUGAUUAGCCAAUAAACAAAAACAUGCAACUCCGUUGUCAACUACUUGGUAUUCUUGUUCUAAAAGAUUGAUAGUUUUCAAGUGGAAAUAUAAAAUCAAGAAGAUUCUAAACGGAAGCAUAUGUAUAACAAUCAAAUUACGUUCUGUCCCGAAUGAUGUGAAAUUCUUAUCGGAUUUUCUAUUGAUAGUAUAGAACGAAAAUUUAUCAAGAUGCAUAGUUAUCUAUUCGUUUACGAAUCCAAACCAACAAAUGUAAUCUCUAUUUUAUUCCAGUUACAUUCUGUAACUAUGAAUGUGUGAUAAAGUGGUAUAUUAGCAGCAUACUAUGGUUAUUCAGAGUACAUUAAAAUAAAGUAGUGUCUGAUACAAUAAUAUAUUAAUGUUAUUAAUAUAUCGGUAACGAAGUAAUUAAUGUUAUACCACUUGCACAUUAUGUUUACUGUUUUUUGUAGAACAAAGUAAACAAGUCAUAUUGUACAAUGUCGAAAGCUUAGAUUUCUUUAGGAUUAAAAUCAUGUUUUUCAUAAAAUCAAAUGCAGUUCUUUGAUUAACAACAAUGAAUGACAUGAAUAUAACAAGCACCACGAGUUCAGUAACAUCUGUGAUGUUACUCAAUAAUAGCAAAAAUUAUACCGCUACAGUGGCAAAUAAUAUAUCCGACGAACCAUCCGAGACAUAUAUGUAUUCUACGGAAGAAAGUGUAACUAGUCAACAAUUAUGGAAUGUUUCUAAGGCCACAACAUCAUUGCCUAAUAGUACACUAGUUUCAUUUGAUACUUCAAGCAACAGCAUAUAUAUGUCUACAACAACAGAAGCGUUCGAUGAAUUUGGUCCACCAGAUGGAAUAGAAUACAUUUUUGUACCACUUGGUGUAGUGGUCUUUGUUAUUGUAUUAUCAGCUGUGGUAUGGGUGAUAAUUAUAUCAAGAAAAAGAAAAUUGGAACGCUUAAGGCACAGACUUAUGCCAAUGUACAAUUUUGAUCCUGGGGAAGAAGAAGAAGACGACUGGGAAACUGAAUUAUUGGAGGAGUGUUACAAUAACCAUCAAAGGCGUCAAGGAUAUCAAUCUAUGGAUACAGAAGAAAAUGCUGAACUCUUUGGAAAUCAUUAAUAAAAAUGAAAAUAGUCAUUUAAAAACGUAUUGUCUUCAGUUUGACUAGAUUAUAAAUAACAGUAUUUAUUAGAUUUUUAUGUUCACUCGAUGCUUCACCAGGUUGUAUAUAUGUUUCUCAAGUUAGAACAAAAUCAAAUU